AUGAAUGUUGUUCAAUUUAAGGGAGUGCCAAUUCUGCAGCAACUGCAUUUGGAGGAACGGUUGCUCAGGACUUCACCUCAAAACUGGUGCAUUGUAAAUGAUGGAACCAAUGAACCCACAAUUGUCAUGGGUAUUUCAGGAAAACCAGCUGAACUUCUUGAAAUCGGUUCUCUUUUGCAAGACAAGAUUCCAGUAGUAAAGAGGUUUAUUGGAGGAGGCACUGUAAUAGUCGAUCACAGGACAAUUUUCAUCUCCUUCAUAUGCAAUAAGGAUGUUGUCCCUACUGUACAACCAUAUCUUAGGCCCAUCAUGUCAUGGAGCAACCAACUCUAUAGCAAGGUGUUUCAAGGAGUUGGGGAUUUCUCUCUUCGUGAAAAUGACUACGUUUUUGGCAACCGCAAGUUUGGGGGAAAUGCUCAAUCUAUCACAAAAGGCCGUUGGAUCCAUCAUACAUCCUUUCUUUAGGAUUAUGAGAUGAUGAACAUGGCUUAUCUUAAACUUCCAAAACGAGCUCCUGACUAUCGACAGGUUUGCAAAAUUUUCAAGUUCUUUGUUCUGCUUGGUAAAUAGUCUUGUGAGCCUUUUCUUAUGAACUUGACGCAGCUGAUUUUUGAACACUCCGUCGAAUCCCCAAAUGUGCAUCUUCGAGUGCCCACCCAGGAGCUACUUUGCCAUAUUCCGAAUUCAAUGGUUUUAAUAAAUCUCCUACCGCAGUUCGUCUUGGACCAGAUCUAGAACUGUUUUCAAUAGUUUAUGUAGCCAUAAAUCCUAUUGUAUUCAUUGAGAUCUGUUGACUUUGUAUACCAUUCCGUUGUAAAUAAACGAUCCUAUCAU